AUGGAGCUACCAUCCGCCAGGCCGUACACCUUCCGCUUCACCCCCGAAUCAACAGCCUUCAUCAUCAUCGACAUGCAACGCGACUUUCUCGACCCCAACGGCUUCGGCGCCAUCCAAUGCGGCAACGACGACGUCUUCCGCGAGGUGCGAAGCAUUGUUCCCAAAACGCAGGCUGUGCUGGAAGCGUGUCGGAAACUCGGCUUGUACGUCGUGCACACCCGCGAAGGCCACCAACCCAAUCUCUCCGACUUGCCUCCUUCCAAGCGUCUGCGGCAGAUUUCUGCGCCGAAUGGCCAUCAUACUAUUGGUAUUGGGGAUGAGGGGCCUAUGGGUCGCUUGCUGGUUCGUGGCGAGUAUGGUCACGAUAUCAUCGAUGAGCUCCGGCCUGUGCCUGGUGAAGUGGUGAUUGACAAGCCCGGCAAAGGCAGCUUCUGGGACACCACUUUGCAUCGGGCGUUACUUGCUCGCGGCAUCACGCAUCUGAUCGUUGCAGGCGUGACGACGGAAUGCUGCGUCAACACUACCUUCCGCGAAGCCGCCGACCGAGGUUUCGAAUGUUGCGUGUUGAACGAUUGCACUUCCGGCUUCGAUGCUUCCUUCUACACCAGCGCCCUCGACAUGCUGUGCUCCUACGACGGACUGUUUGGCUACGUGGGCACCUCCGAUGAAGUUCUCCAGCAAAUGGCUCCAGCGGCACAACUGGCCACUCCUCCCACCACUCCGCCCGGUUUCCAAGGCGAUAUAUCUCUGGCUGGCUUGCAGCGCCAAUACUCUGCCAGACUCACCAGCCCAACCGAGGUGAUCAAGGGUCUUUCCUUGCGCAUCGCGGAAUAUCAGCAAGCCGAUCCCGCCGUCUGGAUUCAUCUGGAAUCACCCGAGACGCUACUGCACUCGGCCAAGGCGCUGGAGGAGCGCUUCCAUGGCAAACCUCUGCCACCCCUCUACGGCGUCCCCUUUGCAGUCAAAGACAACAUCGACGUCGGCGGUAUCAAAACUACAGUAGCUUGCGAAGAGUACGCCUACACACCCGAGCGAAGCGCCCGCGUCGUCGACGCCAUGAUUGCCGCCGGCGGCAUCUUCAUCGGCAAGACAAACCUCGAUCAACUCGCCACCGGCCUGUCAGGCUGCAGAUCCCCCCACGGCUCUCCCCAUAGCGUCUUCAGUCCCAACCACAUCUCCGGCGGCUCCUCCUCCGGCUCCGCGGUAGCAGUCGCCGCAGGCCUCGUCUCGUUCGCCGUCUCGACCGACACCGCCGGCUCAGGCCGAGUACCAGCCAUGUUCAACGGAGUCACGGGCUACAAACCUACCAGAGGUACCCUCUCUGCCCAAGGCCUCGUGCCCGCCUGCAAAAGCCUCGACACCAUAACCAUCAUCGCGCCGACGGUCGAAGAAGCGCGCAAAGUCUGGCUAGUAGCAGACGAAGGCCCCGAUCCUGCCGAUCCCUACGCCAAAACGCAACAAUCCCUCGCUCUGUGGCAUGUCGACUUCCGCGGCCCCAAAGCAGGCGGCUUCAAUUUCGGCGUCCCACCCCAAUCCGCAUUACAAGCAUGCACGCCCGCCUUCCAACAAGGCUUCACAUCCGCCAUCGCCCGCUUGGAACGCGCAGGCGGCACCCGCGUCGAAAUAGACUGGACGCCCUUCCAAGCAGGCAACGACCUCCUCUACGAAGGCGCCCUAGUACAAGAGCGCAUAGCCAGCAUCGGCGCAACCUUCAUCAAAGAAAACCUAUCGACCUUCGACCCCGCCGUCUCUUCCAUUUUCUCCGCCGCGCUGGCAAAAGAAGUCACAGCCCCCGACGUCUUCCGCGACCUGCACCUCCAAGCGGAAUCUACACGCUAUGCGGCCGCCAUCUUCCGUGACGAAAUCGACGUCCUGCUCGUCCCUACUACGACGUGCCAUCCCACCUUCGAAGAGAUGCGCGCGGACCCGAUCGCGCUGAACUCGCGCUUGGGCGCCUUUACUCAUUUCGGGAAUGUGCUGGAUCUGUGCGGGCUUGCCGUGCCGGCGGGGACGUAUGUGAGUGAGGGUGGCGGUGGGGAGACGUUGCCGUUCGGGGUGACGUUGUUGGGGGCUUCGGGAAGGGAUGGGAGGGUGUUUGAUAUUGCGAGGGAGUUUGAGAGGACAAAGUGA